UAGUUGAUUUUCAGUCCCUACCAAUGGAUUUUCAUUUCAAGCAUAGUUGACUGAUGAGUUCACUCAGGCACUACAACUUGCCAAAUGGUUCGGAGCUGAGACCCAUAAGCCCACUCCGCCGCCGCAUCAUCACUCAUAAGUCACAAUGUCCACUCUCCUCUUCCUCGUCGUCCUCCUAACAACCACCACGAGCAGCGGCGGCGCCCCAAUCAUAGGGCUAGACUCAUUCCUAUCCCAGCAAUACCGCAUCGACCGAGAAGCCACGAACGACACCUUCCUCAUCCUCCCAUCCACGAUCAAAUCAUCCCUCUCCCACUCUCACCCAAACCCCCACAUCCCAACCCUAAUCUCCUCCCUCCUGUCUCUCCCCCUCCCUCUCUCCCUCUCCCUCCGCCUGGUCGGCGACUUCCCCUCCGACACCCCCUCCCUCCUCUCCUCCUUCCUCUCCGCCGCCUCCUCCCCCUCCCACCACUUCCACCUCAUCUCCCCCUUCCCCUCCCAACCCCACCCUCUCUCCCUCUCCCACUCUCUCCACCUCCACCUCUCCCACUCUCCCUCCUCUCUCUCCCAAUCCCUCUCCCAAGCCCUCUCCUCCCUCAUUAACUCCACCCCCUCCCCUCUCCGCUCCUCCCUCACCCCAAUCCCUUACUCCCCCAUCGAUGAAAUCAUCAAGCGCGAUUACCACUCCCUCAAGCCCGUCCAAGGCGUCUACAUCUACCUCAUCAAUUUGUCUCGCCCCAAACCCUAUGCUUAUAGCUUCAACGAAGGCUCCGGUGACUCGUCCCCGGCUGUCACUAAAUGCCUCGGCAGCGUUUGGACUGCUAAGGAGCGUUAUGUCUGGAUCGACUUAGGUGCCGGCCCCUUCGAUUACGGCCCUGCAAUAUCCGGCGACGGUGUCAUCCCCCGUGGCGAGUUUCACCCGCUCGCUGCCGCCCAUGGCCGCCCCAAGUCCCAGAAGGCAUUUGCCGCCGACCUUGCCUCGUUGGUGUGGAGUGCAUAUCAGGUUUUUAUGGUGCCUUCGCUGAGGAUUCCGGUUCCCUUCGAGAAUUCGCUGGUUGUGCAGUUUGUGCAUAUUUAUUCAGGGGAGAAGGACCCUCGUGGAUUGGAAUGGAGCGCGAUUGAGAAGGUUUUCAAGGAUGAGGUUGGUGAGAAUGGGCUUUUGUUGGGUUCUCAGUCAUUGACCUUUAAGUCGUAUGAGGUUAAGUACACUGAGUGUGCUGUUUGUUCGUUUGCAAUUUCGCGGUCGAUGAAUUCGUAUACUUCUAGGUUCUUGUUUGAUAAUUAUACAUUGAUUGUGAGUGAGUACUUGGACUCUAAGAGGCUGCAUCAGAUUCUAUCUGAUUCAGCUGACGAGAUUAGGAAGUCUGCCGGCAUGCCGGAGGAGGAUUUUGGUAGGAUUGUGCCGGUGUAUGUGUUUGAUUUGGACUACAAUUCGCUUCUGUUGUUGGAUAGGUAUCAUCAGAGUGUUGCUUUUAAGGAUAUGGUAAUUGCGGUUCGGACCAGGAAUACGCAGACUGUGAGUGAUUAUAGCUGUAAUGGUCGGCAUGUGUUUACACAAACGAGAGAGCUCGUGAGGCCGCUGGUUGGAUCGAUCCUGCAGAGCAUGUGGGGAGUUUCACCAACACAUCUUUCUUGGAGCCCAAGGCACAACAGUACCCUGGUGGAUUAUACUUGGAGCAUAGGGCAGACACCGUUUGGGCCAUUCUCUGAGCUGUCGUCUCUGUCCUUUGUGCAGAAAGAUGCAGCGCGGAGGAAUAUUCUGUUGACGACAAUGAAUUACAGCAUAUCAAGCGCUAUAGAUGUCCUUCAGUCCAUUGAAACACAUGGGGGAGACAGGAAUCUGCUCAAGGGGAAGCAACAUGUUGAGUUUGUUCAGAGGUGGAACCUUUUCAAGCACAAGCUGAACAAGGCUGUGUCUGCGCUGUCGCAUUUGGAUUUCGAGAUGGCUUUGUACUCCUUGUGCUUUAAGGACCCUUCAUUUCCCUGGGCUUCAGUUUCAUUCUCGGCAGUGGCUUUCCUUUUCCUCUCUUAUGUUUAUGCGAAACGAGAUAAGCUUUUCAGAAACAAAAGAAAGCAAUUUUAAAUUUUGAUGCCAUCACAUGAGGACAGAAAGUCUGUAAGAUUUUAACAAAACCCAACAGAUGUAUCAUUGUAGAAGAGGUAUGCUGAUGGAUUUAGCAUUUAGAUUUUGCUUAAAGUAUUGACUUCAGAUCAACCUGUGUUUUCAUCACUUUGUUCAUUCUCUGUUAUCCGUCUGUUUUCUGGGGUAUAUCUUACCUUUUCAGCAUUGUAGUAUUAUCUCAUCAUUACUAUAUGGCACAUCAAUAUAACCAAAGUUAUUCGAUUGUAGGA